AUGCUCCUCCAAGACACUCAAGACCUCGAAGCCGAAGUCACUCUCCUCGAGGCACGCCUCCAAGAUGCCCGCGCCCAACUAGCAGCUUCCCAAUACCCCAGCCCACCCUCUUCAUGGGCGAUUAAAGAAACAUAUAAUAAACCCAAUAAUAAGAACCAACCCACCACCUCAGACCAUACAUCCCUCCACGCCCUUCUUCUCCUCUCAGAUUCAGCCCUUCCCCUAGGCUCCUUCGCCUACUCCAGCGGACUAGAGUCCUAUCUAGCCCACAACAAGCCCUCUCGCACAUCCCCAAUAACCUCCUUCCACCGCUUCCUCAAACUCUCCAUCGCUUCAAUCGCAAGCACUUCCCUCCCCUACGUCCUGGCCGGCUAUCGCGAGCCCGAAACCCUAGAUACCCUAGAUAACGACCUCGACGCAUCAACCCCCUGCAUCGUCGCCCAGCGCGCAAGCAUCGCCCAAGGCCGUGCCCUCAUCGGUGUCUGGGAGCGCGCCUUCCGCGUCAGCUUUGCCGGUCCAGAUAGCCCCAUCUGUGCAGACGCGGAGGAUGCAGUCACGGCUAUCGCGGAUCUAUCCGAUGCGCUGAAGUCGUGUCUGGAAGAGGACGACGGUCUCGGCCCCAAGGGCCACUUUGCGCCGCUCUGGGGGGUCGUCUGUCGGGCUAUGGGUCUGGAUUUGCAGCAGACGGCAUAUAUCUUCGUGAUGAAUCAUGCGAAGGCGGUGCUGAGUGCGGCUGUCCGCGCGAGCGUAAUGGGUCCUUAUCAGGCGCAGAACGUGCUUGCCAGUCAGAGUCUGCAGGAUACCAUCAUGAAGCGCAUUGCGCGGGAGUGGAAUACGCCUGUUGAGGAGGCUGGGCAGGUUGUGCCGGCGCUGGAUCUUUGGGUUGGGAGACAUGAAUUGUUGUAUAGUCGGAUCUUCAACUCGUAA